AUGGAGGUGAAGGCACAAAUUCGUAAAAAGUUGGUUGUAGUGGGUGAUGGUUAUUGUGGAAAGACGAGCUUAUUACACGUAUUCCAGCAUAAUGCAUUUCCUGAAGAUUAUGUACCUACCGUGUUUGAAACUUAUAUAGCCGUUAUUCCACUUGAAAAUGGUAAAUCGAUCGAAUUAUCAUUAUGGGAUACAGCAGGUCAAGAAGAGUAUGAUAGACUUCGACCUCUUUGUUAUCCUGAAACGGAUGUCAUCUUGGCUUGUUUUGCCAUUGAUCAGUUACAGUCAUUUGAAAAUGUCAAGGAUAGAUGGAUUCCUGAAAUGGAUCAUUUUUUAUAUGGUGUACCCAGAUUACUAGUUGGAACAAAAGCGGAUUUAAGAAAUAAUACAGAUCGUAUUAAUGAAUUACGUACGGAUGCAAAGAAAUUGGAUAUACAGUAUAUUGAAUGUAGUGCCAAGUUGAAUCAGAAUGUAACCAAGGUUAUUCACACAGCCGCUAAUUUAACAGUGACCCAUCGUAAAGGAGGACUAAAGACAAAGAUUUGUAAAAUAUUAUAA